CAGAGGCUCUCUGGGUCCACCCUGCACUGCUCACCUGCCCGUGCACUCCCCUGGCAGGCGCGGUUUCAAGGGUGGAGUCCUCCUCCGCCUCCGACUCGGGAACGCUCCCUCGCGCCUCCUCAAAUGCUUUAACGUGGCUGCGUGCGUUACAGCCUUCUCUGACUCCUGGCUCUGUUGGCCGUAGUAGAGUUGCGUUGACGGACAGGGAAAAGUACCGGGGAAAAUGAUGGUUCCGGAGCCGCUGCGCUCGGCGAUGGUCAGCGACGUCGGGGAGGACACUUCGCUCGCGCUGCCGUCCGAUAACAGCCUGAGCACGGGGCAGCAGCGCGUGCUCAACCAGGUCCACACCAUCAAGAGGAGCAAGUUCAAACAGAGCAAGAUCAUCAGUCCACCUGCUUCGACAGGCAUGGCUCAGCAGACCUCCACAACUUCAAGCGAUUUUGGAACGUUCAAGUUUUCUCCAUCCAAAGUAAACGGCACCUUCAGUCCCACCAACUCCAGCAUUUCAACCGGCUUCAGCAAAGGGGUAAAUUCCCAAAGGAGUCGUACUAUAUCUGGAAAAGCAGGAAGAAAUUUCAGUUCUUCCGGCACUUGGGACCAGCAAGUCAACAAUCACACCAAAUCCCAGAAAUCCAACGGGCUGAAACACAGUCGCAGUGACCCUGCUCUGGCUCCGCCUGUGUCUUUACCACCUGCACCGAGCAUGAGAGUUAAAGGACAGAUCCCUCAAGGCCAAACCACCUCUCAGGCUCAAAUAAAUCGACUUGCCACCUCCUCUAUGGUUAAUGACGUGUUUAUGACUAACACCCUCCGGUCGCCCUCCUUCCACUCCCAACAAGACGGCAAGCUUGGUACUCUGAAAUCAUUGAAAAUGGAGCAGAGAUCAAUUGUGUACCCUCCUACUGGCAUGGCAGAUAUAACCCUGAAGGAGGCUGUGGACUUCCUGUCCUCCCCUGAGGAGAGCUACCAGCACCGUGGAGCCAGCUUCAUUCAACACACCACCUUCAAAGAGCCUGAUACCAAGACAGAGGUGUUACAACUUGGGGGCAUUCCAGGUCUGGUGACCCUGCUGCGAAGCCCCAACCCGGGUGUGAGCCAGGUGGCAGCCGGGGCGCUGAGGAACCUUGUGUUCAACAAUAAGAAGAAUAAGCUGGAGGUCCAGCACUGUGACGGAAUAGCAAAGGCUUUGCAGCUACUGAAGGAGACAGAUUCUACCGAGUCCCAGAAACAAAUCACUGGCCUGCUGUGGAACCUGUCAUCCGCUGAGGAGUUGAAGAAAGAGCUUACGACCACCGCCAUGCCUGUCCUGACUGAACAUGUGGUCAAACCGUUCACCCUGCUGUCAGACUCCUCCACCAUCACCUAUGUCGACCCGGCCGUCUUCAACUGUGCAACAGGCUGCCUUCGGAACCUGAGCUGUGGAGAGGAACAGGAGAGGAAUUCAAUGAGAAGCUGCAAAGGCCUCAUCGAUUCACUUAUAAGUUACAUUCGGUCCUGUGUGGCAGAGGGAAACCCAGAUGACUUGUCGGUGGAGAACUGUACGUGCAUUCUCCAUAACCUGACCUUCCAGCUGGAGGAUGAGUACCCGGAGAGUUUCAGUCACUAUCAGCUUUCAGAGGCCCAACAAGAAGCAAAGAAAUCGUCCACAGUGGGAUGCUUCAGCCCUCGGAGCAGCAAAGCUCAAAAGGAGAUAAUUUAUGACAUGGAGAAAGCUCCAGCAGCAGACAGUGAGGUGUCAGGGGUGCAGUGGUUGUGCCACCCUAAAGCUGUAGAGGCGUAUCUGUCUCUGCUAAGCUCCUCUGAAAAAGACGCCACUCUUGAGGCCAGCUGUGGAGCUCUGCAGAACCUCACCGCCGGCCGAAAGGGAUCCUCUGCUGUGAGUGGAGUUCUGCUUGAAAAGUUGAAGAGUGCGUUUGUCUUGCCUUCUCUGUUGAAGUCGCCCAACAAAAACCUCCAAAAGACAACUCUGUCCCUGCUGGACAACCUGUCUCGCAACAAGAGCUCUCAAGUCUCCAUGGCAAGGCAGGUGCUGCCUCACCUCAGCAGCCUUCUCUCCUCCGAGUCGACGGACACAGGAAUCUCUGACGACAUCGUAGCAACAGCUUGCAGCACAGCUCGGAGACUGGUGCUCGCCGACAACGAGCUCAACAAAAAGGUCAUCAGCACAGACCUGGUCAAUUUUCUGAUGGAUCUGAGCUCGAACGAGUCACUUCCCAAAGCUAGCAAAGAAGCCUCGUUGCUGCUGUACAGCAUGUGGAAUGAGAAGAAUUUACAAAGCAUUGUGAAAAAG